AUGCCCCCGACCAACCAGCCAGCAAGGACUAUGAAACUAUCGCCAUUUAAGGCCCAUGGCGAAGGCGACACCUUGACACCCUCUGAGGAAUACACCCAACUCGGGUUGGCCAGGGACUUGGACACGAUGAAUCAAGCAACCCAAGACUCUUUUCCGUGCCUUCAACAAGAUGGAGGCGAGUCUCGGGAUCAAACCCUCCUGUCUUGGCAUCCACAAGACUUGGCCGAUGUGACAACCGGCUCUUCUACAUCAGCCUCGGUAGGGAAUAUGAUUCAGCCUACCGGGCAGCCCUGGCAAGCAUCGCUGUCAUCCUGGCCGCUGCAUGGUCCGGCUCAGGAUCUCUGGCAGCACCCCUACCAAACCGGUCUAGGCGAGGUAUUAUCACCUACGUGGGAAUUAAGCCAGGGCACCGCCAGGGCACUCCAGCAUUCGCCCAUCAUCCAGACUCAGCCACAGAGCCUCCCGCGACGAAGAAGCCGGUACUUCUGCACUCCGGCCCUGCCAAUGGUUUCAAGGCCUAUAGACACUCCAGGCCCCAGCGCCUCGGUGGAGGAGGGCGAAAUGAACCCGAUACAGCGCUGGCGGAAUUCGCCCCCAGAGACCGAGCCGGCCUCGCUAUCCGCCAUCGCAGAUGCUUUGAGGAAUGCCCCGCUUCGGGGUCAAGCAUCCACCAGCAGCCUCAAUUCCCGCCGUUCCGACAUUCGAGCGGGCUCGACAGUGAGCUUUGCUAGCGGUUCAAGCUUGUCCUCGGGCUCUGCUUCGGCCAGCUCGAUGACGCGUCGCUCCCGCGUGUUGAAACGCACCCGGCCGACUACCAAGGGCAAGACGGCAGAGAAGAGAAGGUUCCCCUGUACAUUCUGCUGCGACUCGUUCAAAAGCAAGUUUGACUGGGCCCGUCACGAGCGGUCCUUGCAUCUCAAUAUCGAGGGUUGGCGAUGCGCACCAUUUGGCAGCAUCGAGAUAUCGGCCAUCACGGGGAGCAGCAGCUGUGCCUACUGUGGACUUGUUGAUCCCUCGCCGGCACAUCUUGAAGAUCAUGACAUUAAUCUGUGCAGGGCAGGCCAGAUCUAUGCGCGGAAGGAUCAUCUAGCUCAGCACCUAAGGUGUAUCCACCACGUGAAGGAUCCUCCGUCGAUAGACUCGUGGAAGGUUGAGGGACCACCAAUAACAUCGAGGUGCGGCUUCUGUGAUCUCCGUAUGGAAACAUGGCAAGAGCGUAUAGACCAUCUAGUAUCGCAUUUCCGUAAGGGUAAGACGAUGGACGACUGGAAGGGAGACCAUGACUUGGAGCCCAAGAUCGCAGCCUUGGUCACUAACGCGAUACCGCCGUAUUUAAUUGCGUCCGAGGCAAACACAUACGCCCCAUUCUCGGCAACGACCCCCAACCUCGCGCAUGCGGAGCACCUAAAACAGAUAAAUCAGUCGGCCGAGCAAAGUUUCGAAGCGUGGAGUGGCUCAGAGCCGUCGCCGGGGGGGUCGGGAGCACCGGCGAUAUCCCUCCACAACAAGUCGUUCCCCGAACUGCUGGCUUUCCACCUAGGUCGUUUUGCGCAGCACCAGGCGAGCCUUGGCGUCACCCUUACGGAUAAGAUGUUCCAGGACGAGGCGAGAAGGUUGCAAUUUGGCAGCGUGGACCCACUGGAUAACACUGUUGCUGACAACGAGGAGUGGUUAUCUCUCUUCCGCAGCCAACAUCUUGAGGACUCCAGUAGACAAUCAGGAUAACUGGUAUUAAAAGAAUAGAAUCUCUGCAAGAG